AGAGGGUUUGUGUUUACAGCCCGGUGGGCCAGGGAGAUGGCAGGGCGGCCUCUGUGCCUCCGAGCCCGGAAGUCUCGGCUUUCUGCGGGGCGGAUCUGGAAGCGAAGCCAUAAAGGUCGGGACUUCCGCCAGAGACGUGCCGCUACCCGGAAUGGUUCUCCCAGCCUCCCAGUACCCAGGAGAUUUUUACUUGCAUAAAUUCUGGAUUGACAGGUUUAAUUGCUCACCUCCUGCUUUGCUAUGUGAAAAUCAUGACCCAUACCCAAUUUCUAUAGAGAUUAAACCAGAAGAAAAUGAUGUGGUGACCCUUUCUGAGCCCAGCUCUUCCAUAUGGAAUGCAGUGUCCCAUGCCCUCCAUAAAACGCUGUUGAACAAAAUUGAGAUGGGAUCUAAAGCAUACAGAAACAUGGACCGGCUUCUUCCAUGCCAGAGUGCAUUGACCUACAAUGAUGUGCAUGUGAACUUCACUCGAGAAGAGUGGGCUUUGCUGGAUCCUUCCCAGAGGAGUCUCUACAAAGAGGUGAUGCUGGAGACCUACAGGAACCUCACUGCUAUAGGAUACAAUUUGGAAUAUCAUAAUAUUGAAGAGCAUUGUCAAAGUUCUAGAAGACAUGCAAGGUUUGAAAAUAGUCAUAGUGGAGAGAAAGCCUCUGAAGAUACUCGAUAUGACGAAUUCUUUACACAUCCCAUUAGUCCCCACACAUAUAAAAGCAUACAUACUGGUGAGGAUCGCUAUGAAUGUAAUCAAAAUGGUAAUGCAUUUGCACAUAACAGUCACCUAACACAUAAAAGGACACAUAUUGGAGAGAAACCUUAUGAAUGUAACCAACGGGGUAAAGCCUCUGCACGUAACAGUAAUCUCCUAUUACAUGAAAAAGGUUACAAUGGAGAGAAACCUUAUGAAUGUAACGAAUGUGGAAAAGCCUUUGCACGUAACAGUGCUCUCCUAGUACAUGAAAGAACUCACUCUGGAGAGAAACCUUAUGAAUGUAACCAAUGUGGUAAAGCCUUUGCAUAUAACAGUAGUCUCCAAAUACAUAAAAGAACUCACACUGGAGAGAAACCUUAUGAAUGUAAAGAAUGUGGAAAAGCCUUUACAAGUAACAAAACUCUCCUAGGACAUGAAAGAACUCACACUGGAGAGAAACCAUAUCAAUGUAACCAAUGUGGUAAAGCCUUUGUACAUAACAGUCAUCUGGUAGUACAUAAAAGAACUCACACUGGAGAGAAACCUUACGAAUGUAACCAAUGCAGUAAAGCCUUUGCACGGAGCAGUCAUCUGGUAGUACAUAAAAGAACUCACACUGGAGAGAAACCUUAUGAAUGUAACCAAUGUGGUAAAGGCUUUAAACAUAACAGUAGUCUCCUGCUACAUAAAAGAACUCACACCGGACAGAAACCUUAUGAAUGUAACCAAUGCGCUAAAGCCUUUGCACGGAACAGUCGUCUGGUAGUACAUAAAAGAACUCACACUGGAGAGAAACCUUACGAAUGUAACCAAUGCAGUAAAGCCUUUGCACGGAGCAGUCAUCUGGUAGUACAUAAAAGAACGCACUCUAAAGAGAAGCCUUAUGAAUGCAACCAAUGUGGUAAAGCCUUUAAACAUAACAGUAGUCUGCUACGUAAAAGAACUCACACUGGAGAGAAACCUUAUGAAUGUAACCAAUGUGCUAACAUAUGACAGUAUUCUCUUAAAACAUAAAAAACUCACACUUGGGAGAAACCUUAUGAAUAUAACGAAUGUUGCAAAGCAUUUGCAUGUAACAGUAAUUUCCUAAUACAGAAAAGAACUCCCACUUUAUAUAAACCUUAUGGAUGUAACCAAUGUGGCAAAGUCUUUGCACAGAAUAGUCAUCUGGAAGUACCUGAAAAGAACUUACACUGGAGAAAAAUCUUAUGAAUGUACCCCAUAUGGGAAAGUGUAUGCAUUCCAGAGUAGUCUCUGAAAACCUAAAAGAACACACCUUGGAGAAAAACCUUAUGGAUUUAAUCUGUGUGGCAUCACCUUUGUACAGCACAGUCAUCUCCUAAUACAUAAAAAUGCAUGUUGCAGAAAAUCCUCAUGAAAAUAACCAAUGUCAUAAAGGCUUUUCAUGUAAGAGUCAUCUCAAACAAGAACACCUACUGGAGUGAAACCCUAUGACUGUAAUCAAUGUGUUAAAGCCUUUGCAUGUCAUAAUAAUCUCCAUGUACAUAGAAGAAUACACAAUGGAGAAAAACUAUGAAUGUAACCAAUGUGAUAAAGCCUCUUGACGUACUAGUAAUCUCAUAUGACAGAAAGAACACAGACUGCAGAGAAAUCUUAUGAAUAUAACCAGUGUGGUAAAACUUGCUCUUCACAAUCAUCUUGAAAGUCAUGAAAGAAUUCAUAUUGGACUGAAAGACUGUCAGUGUAUUUAACAGGGUGAAGCUCUUCCACAUUUUUACAUUCAUCAUCAUGAAAGAAUUCAUACUGGAGAGACAUGAAUGUUUUAAAAUGUGAGCCCUUUGUACAUAUCUUUAUUUUUUCAUCAUCAUAAAAGUUUCAUAAUGGAGAGAAAUUCUGAGAAAAAGCACAUUUUAAGAGGUGAAGCUGAGAGGCACUGUGGUAAUGUGGCCUUGACAUGCAGAAUAUUUCCUCAAGUGUUUCACACAUUUCUUCCUCAGUAGAAGGUUUUCAUAUGUUCUCUUUACAAAAUAAUUAGAACCCUGUGUCUUUCCACAACCCCACCCUGUGGAUCUUCUGUAGUUUCUCCUUGCAUCUUUGAUUUUCUUUGUUUUUAAUCCAUUAAGAAUUUCUUGUAAUGGAGAUUUUAAAAAAAUGAAAUCAAAUAAAAUUUCAAAUCUUUCUUCAAUCUGCUAUUUUAUCUAUAAACUCUACUGUGUUCCUUCCUUGUGAAAAGAACCCAGUAAUGUGCCAUGAGGCCUGGCUCAGAUUUUUUUUUUAGUAUUAUUAUAUUUAUUAUUAUUAUUAUUAUUAUUAUUUUGAUUAUUUUGAAACAGGGUUUUUCUAUGUAGCUCUGGCUGCUCAGUCCUUUCUUCCUAGAACUCACAGACAUUCACCUGCCUCUGCCUUCCAAGUGCUGGGAUUAAAGGUGUGUGCCACCGUACUUGCAGGACUUUCUUAUAGCCUGGUUGAAGUCAUACUUUGUGACUUAGGACAUGUUCAGGCAAGUGAGUGUGAGGAGCACUCCGGGGGAGCCUAGGAGAACUGUCAUAAGAUAACAGAGAGACUUUCUCCAGAAAAUGAUGGGAGUAGAUGUAGAUUCCCACAACCAAACACAAGGUACAGGUGUGGAAUCCUUGAGGAAGAGAAGAAUCAGAGGAACCAGGGGUGUCAGAGACACCAUGAGAAUACUGCCCACAAAAUCAGCUGUUUGUGACUCAUCCAUGUUAGCACAGAUGAGGAGGCCUGUAGGACUCUCCUGGAGGACUUUUUGCACGUGUAGGGAGGAACUAGAGGAGGGUCAGUGGGAAGUGUCAAGAAGUCAGGUGACAGAGAAGGGAGGAAGCCAGAGAGGAAGAACCAAAGGUGGUCACAUGAUGUGGGUGGAGCCAGGAAGGGGCUGGAUGUGUCACAUGAGAGGGUGGAGUUGCCAGGGAGAUUAGGGAUGGAGCUGAAGACCCACCUGACAUGCAAGGGGCUGGGGGAAGGCCAAGGAUGGGGCCAGCAUUUCACAUGUCAACCUCCUAAAUAAUGACAUAACUUACUGUGUAAUCUAUAUUAUUUUCUGCCUUUUGUCUUAGGUCUCAGGUGUUGGGUCCUGAUGUCUCCUUGUUGGGUCACAGGCAGUUGCAGUAUGUCUAUGUUACUGUUACAAGACAUGAUGAUAGCAUUUACUACUACAUAAGGAUAACAGGGGUCAGGGAUUGGGGAUUAGGGCUUAAGUAUGAGGCCUCAGGGCUCAGACAUCAGCGACCAGUGAUCAGGACUUAAAAUUGUGUUUAUAAGGCCUGAUCUGGGCCCCUCAGUCACUUUCAUCUCUAAAUGAUCCAUAUUCAUAUGACCCACAUCUGCUCCUCUCGAAUCUACAUAUUUCAGGAAACUUUCUUCCUGGAUUAUUACCAGAAGAAUAAAUUAUCAUUAGGGACCAUUUGUCAACAGUCCUUUAGGAAAUGAGCUGAUCUUACCCUAUCAGAGCAAUGUAUAUUUUGAGCAUACAAAUAUUUUGAAAUUGUCUGUCCAACCACAACCAAAUUGUUAGCUUUACACUUAAUACCUAUAAUAGUUUUAAUGCAUACAGAAGGAGGUGCAGAUGUAGAGCUUAAAGGUCUAAUAGCCCUUUUUGCAUUCAGCAUUCACACACUCACCAGCUAAAGGUUCAAGUAAAUUUCUCUAGCUUCUCGAUCUGAUAUUGCUCUAUCUAAAUCCCAAGUAAAUCUUUGUAAAAAGGUCAGUGAAAGAUUUGUGUGAACUCUGGUUUACCUUUCUGAAUGACUCAAAGUAUUUUUCUUGUUCUUCAGUAUUGCCCCAAGCAUUUAAACUUAUUGUACUACAUUGUUCUAAGAUAUCAUCAUCCAACAUAAUCGGCAUUCCUUUUUUCCCUGCUGUUUUAUUAUUUUUAUUAUUUUCAUGUAUUACAAUUUAUUUAAUUUGCAUCCCAGCUGUGGCCCCCUCUCUCGUCUCCUCACAAUUUACUCUCCAUUCCUCUUGACUCUGUGUCCCUCCCCUAGUCCACUGAUAGCAUAGGACCUCCUCCCUUUCCAUCUGAUACUAGCCUAUCAGGUCUCAUCAGGACUGGUUGCAUAGGCUUCCUCUGUGACCUCACAAGGCUGUAUUCCUCUUUUCAAUUUGUAUUUUCUUUACAUUCAUGUGCUAUAAGCCCAUAUAGUACCCCUCCCUCAACUCCUCCCAAUUUUCCCUUCUCCUUCCCCCUUCUCCUUUCCCUUUCUAUCCAGGAAAGGGGAGCAUUCCUCCCUCCCAUAUCAAGCCUCUGGUUUAUUAAAGUGUUCAUUGUAUAUUUUCCAUUUAAAGAACCUUUUUAUACGUAUGCAUGGACUUACAUGUAUUAUAGAUAUUUUAUGUAGAUAAUUUAUAAUAUGAUUGAUUAUGACUUUCACAUAUGUUUAUUGUUACUUCACACUCUUGCUUCUUUUACAAUUAUCCACCUUUGUAUUUAGAGUACUUCCCCCACAUUAUCUAAAUCAGAUCAAUUGUUCACUGCUAUUGCAUUGCUUCCCCACCAUGUUUCCUGGUUCCUAAAGUUAUUCCAUGGUAAAUUCUCACAUCUGAAGAUUUUGAGUUAGCUGCCUCAGAGUAUAGAGAAUGAGUGAUAUUUGUCUUUCUGGAUCUGUGUUACCUAAAUCAAUAUAAUUUUUCUAGUUCCAUAUCUUUCCAUAUGUAUUUCUGUAUGCAAUUCUAUGUAUGUUUAUGUGUGUAUAUGUAUUUAUAUUUAUGUAUGACUUAUGUGUUUAGAUGUUUCAAUUUCCUACCUAUGUGAAGAGAAUAGCAAGGAGCAUGGCUGAUCAAUUAUCUCUGUAGUGGUAUAUCAACUACUUUGUGCAUAUGUUAAGGUAUAAAACAGCUGGGUCAUAUGGUACAUUUAUUAUUACAUGUUUGAGAAUUCUACACAAUGAUUUCUGCAAUGGCUGAAUCUGUUUAAAAGCUGCUCUGCAUAACCCGCUUUCCAGAGAUCCACUAUGUGCCUGUUUUAUAAAAGCAUUCCAAUACCACCCAAAGCCCUGUUAACUACAAAAAGGACAAAGAGAACGAGUAUUUAAUUAAUAUAUUUUAUUUUAAUACCUAUCAUGAUUAAAUUUUGUCCAAAAAUUAUUAAGUAACAUGCAUAACUUAAUAAAAUAUGUUUUCAUCAA